CUUCCAAGCAUGCCUGGCGCUGCGCUAUAUACCCAGUCGAUGGCGUGAGGUCACAGUGAACUUCAUACCAAAACCGGUAUAAAAGGAAAAUUAUACCAUGCAAAAUCAUCAUAUAGAAUCGUUCUUCUUUCUAAAUUUCUUCACACCAAUCUAAAAUGACUAAUACUAGUAAAAAAAUCGAUGAGACAAUCUUUACAACAACGUGGAACCAAAUCAAUCUAAAUAACACCUGCACUUUUCACCCCCGUUUCUUCACACCAAAAACUCGUCUUUCAGGAAUAAUUUGCACCAUCGGUCCAACAUCUCGUAGCAUCCCCGUUUUAAUCGAUUUGAUGAAAAAUGGAAUGAAUAUUGCUAGAUUGAACUUUUCCCAUGGUUCUCAUCAAGAGCAUGGAGAAUCAAUUGCGAAUAUUAGAGCGGCUGCUAUUGAAUAUGGCAAACAAAUUAAGACCCAAUUUCCCAUUGGGAUCGCUUUGGAUGCGAAAGGGCCGGAAAUUCGAACUGGUUUAUUAGAAUUGGGUGGUUCCGCUGAAGUUGAACUUCAUAAAGGCGAUCAAAUUACAUUAACAACUGAUAAAGAAUUCGCUGAAAAAAGUAAUGCUCAUGUAGUUUACGUUGAUUAUAAAGAUAUAACCAAAGUUGUUCAAACGAAUACUUUGGUCUACAUCGAUAAUGGUUUAAUAUCACUUAAAGUGAACAAUGUUGAAGAUCCCAACUUGAUUUGUACCGUUGAAAAUGGUGGGAUGUUGGGAAGUAAAAAAGGAGUUACUUUACCUGGAAUUGAUAUUAAUUUACCCGAUAUUUCCGAAAGAGAUAAAUCCGACUUACUAUUCGGCGUUGAAAAAGGUGUCGAUAUGAUUUUUGCCUCGUUCAUUCGAACCCCGGAAGCGAUAACAAAAAUUCGUAAUAUUUUGGGAGAUAGUGGAAAAAAUAUUUUGAUUAUCUCCAAGAUUGAAAAUCAUCAAGGUUUGAAUAAUUUAGAUGGGAUUAUUAAAGCUUCCGAUGGGGUUAUGGUUGCUCGUGGAGAUUUGGGCAUUCAAAUACCAACGGAAAAAGUGUUUUUGGCUCAAAAAUCAAUUUUAGCCCGAUGCAAUAAGCUGGGAAAACCCGGAAUUUGCGCCACGCAGAUGUUGGAGUCAAUGGUAAAAAAUCCUAGACCAACUCGCGCAGAAAGUUGCGAUGUAGCUAACGCUGUUUUGGAUGGAGCUGAUUGCGUUAUGCUUUCUGGUGAAACUGCUAAGGGGAAUUAUCCGGUGGAAUGUGUUAAAAUUAUGGAUAAGAUUUGUAAAGAAGCUGAAGCUGCGAUUUAUCAAAAUGAGUUAAAAUCUGAUGUAUCUCAAACAAUUGCUAGAGCCGCCGUUGAAGCUUCAAUUAAAUCUUUAGCCACUGCGAUUAUUGUUGUUAAUUCAACUGGGGGGUCGAGCCAAUUAAUAGCAAAAUAUCGCCCUAAAUGUCCUAUUAUUGCCAUUACUGAGAAUCACCAAUUUGCUCGGCAAUCUCAUUUAUACAGAGGAAUUCGUCCACUUAUUUUUGAAAAUAAUCCAAAAAGUGAUUGGUUAAAAGAUGUUGAUGAUCGAAUUCAAGCUGGAAUAAAUCAUGGCAAAACCAACACAUUUAUUAAAAUUGGAGAUAGAGUAGUUGUUGUUUUUGGUUUUAAUCAAGCUUCCGAGUUUGUGGAUACAAUAAGAAUUGUUGAUGUGCAAUAAAUUAAAAUUUAUUUUCUAUA